CUCCACAUCUAAAAAACAAUUCUUGCCACUGUGGGAAAAAAAAAAAAAAAAACUCUUUUAGACUAGAUUUCCUGUUUAUUUCUUGUGCCUGUAUGACACUUGACACUUAUGAAAUUUCCAUUUUCCUGUGUGGGCAAUGACCCAUCACGUUAUGUUUGGUAUAAGGUGACUAGUGAAAUUGUACAUGUCAAAUCAUUUUUAUUUUCACAUUUGUGAGUCUGUGAGUCUGCGAGAACACGGUUUUACAGUUUCACGCUGAAACCCAAAGAUCAGGGAUGGCCUCAAUCCAAGUUCUUCUUCUGAUUUCAGCUAUAUCUUCUUCUCACAGUGAAAUACACUCUCUAUCCUACAUGUACAGCGUCAUAUCAAAAUCUCAGAUGUCUGGAGAAAUGUCUGAAUUCUACACCUCAGUUGAACUCAAUGACAUUCAGAUGAGUUUGUGUCACAGUGUGAAUAAAGCAGAUUUCAUGACUCAGUUGUGUGAGGAAUCUGAGAGACUCUUUAAUGAAAGUGAUGAUCUGCAUUAUAAACAACAGUGGCUUCAGAUCAACCUUAAAACACUGAUGAUGAUGAUGGAGCACAAGAGGAAGAGCAGCACACGGGACACAGAUCUUCAUGUUCUUCAGUGGAGGCACGGCUGUGCAGUUGAACGUCACUCUAAUGGUUCAGUGAUGUUUCUUCAAGGCACUGAUGAAUACGCCUAUGAUGGCCAGACCUUGACCUUUGACCUCUCAAUGCACUGGAAGCCUUUAGUCCUUGACCAUGACAUCAUCUGGGACAGAGAAUCAGUUUCCAGCCUGGAGAGGAAAUGUGUGGAAACGUUAACCAGCUUCAUUGAGCUUCAGCGAGAGAGAAAGUUCAUCAUGGAAUCUCGUCCUGAUGUUCACACUCUUGUAAAAGUGUCUGGAUCAUCAGUCAAGCAGCUGCUGGUGUGUUUGGCCACAGGCUUCUACCCUAAACAUGUGCAGAUGGAGAUCAGACACAAUCACACGCUGUUACCUGAUGAGCAGCUGAACUCAGAUGGAAUCAGACCGAAUGCAGACGGAUCCUUUCAGCUGAUGAAGAGCCUGGAGAUCCUGCCGUCUGAAAGAUCUCAGUAUCAGUGUGUGGUGGAGCACCAGAGUCUGACUGAACCACAGAUCAUCAUCAGGGGUAAACAUCAUUCAAAAAAGACAGAUGAAGUGAAUGUCCUCCUGCCGCUGCUCAUUAGGGCCCAAGCGAAAAUUCGCGCAGGGCCCUCUUGUUCUUCUAAGGAUUAUUAGGGCCCAAGCGAAAAUUCGCGCAGGGCCCUCUUGUUUUUCUAAGG